AUGUCAGGCCUCGACACCCUCCUCUGUCGACCAGAGCAGGAGGGCUUCUGGAGUCGCCUUCUCCGAGAACCAGCGAAGGUCCUCGCCGGAUACUUUUACAACCAUCGCGCGACAAGUGACAUUCUUUCAACACCUGACUUACCUGUACAUGUGGUGUGCAUCUCCGAUACCCAUAACACACAGCCGGACCUCCCUGACGGAGACAUCCUCAUCCACGCGGGCGACCUCACACAAUCCGGAUCCCAACGCGAACUACAAGACCAGAUCGCGUGGCUAGAUUCCCAGCCUCAUCGAUACAAAAUCGUCAUUGCCGGAAAUCAUGAGCUGUGUCUUGACUCGCAGCUGGAUGGUGGAAACACCAACACAGCCGCCAUCGAUUGGAGCUCCCUCAUCUACCUCGAAAACACAUCAACCAUCGUAAAAUUUGGCAAUGGAAGAGAGAUCAAGGUUUUUGGUUCACCUUACACACCAAAGCAUGGGAACUGGGCUUUCCAGUAUCCGCGAACCAACGCCGCCAUAUGGGAGGAGAUCAGUAUCCCUGAAGACACAGAUAUCUUGAUAACGCACGGCCCACCAAAGGCGCAUUUAGAUCUCGGUCAUCUGGGCUGCCUGUUCCUGCGCCGGGCAUUAUGGGAGAUGAAGCAUAGACCCUUACUACAUGUAUUCGGGCAUAUUCAUGGGGGAUACGGGACAGAGGUGGCUCUGUGGGAUUCAUUUCAGCGGGCUUAUGAGGCUGUUAUGGACGGAGACUCAAAAUGGGUCAGUUUGGGCUUUCUUGUCUAUUUCUGGAUACUGGGACUGUUAACUGGAUGGGGGACUAAAGAUAACCAAGCGACAGUCAUGGUUAAUGCGGCAGCGGUGGGUGGGGUGCGCGAUGAGAAGUUGAGAGAUGCCAUCUGCGUUGAUAUUUGA